UAUAGCAGCCAGACUUGGGGAAAGCAACGUGUCUGUGUUUGAGAGGAUCAAAUUAAGUCUCUUCUUUAUAGAGAUGGCCAAUAAUUCAGUCAGGGAAGGGUUUAAGUACCAUUUGGAUGAUCAUGAAGAUGGGCAGCUGAUGAAAGAGCAAGAUCGGCUGCUUCCGAUAGCUAAUGUGGGGCGGAUCAUGAAGCAGAUUCUGCCUCCAAACGCAAAAAUCUCCAAAGAAGCCAAGGAAACCAUGCAAGAGUGUGCGUCGGAGUUCAUAAGCUUUGUCACAGGAGAAGCUUCGGACAAGUGUCAUAAGGAGAAGCGCAAGACAGUGAACGGGGAUGAUAUUUGCUGGGCUAUGGCAACUCUAGGUUUUGAUGACUAUGCCGACCCAUUGAAGAAGUAUUUGCAAAGGUAUAGGGAGUUGGAAGGGGAGAGAGCUCAACAAGGUAAGGCAAGCAGCUGCAAUGAAGAAAAGAUUAAUGAAACAUCAAACGUUGUUCCGACCACUCCCUUAAAGUUCAAUGUGAUUGAAAGGAGUAAUAGCUCUCUGUGCGCCAGGCGAUUUUGAAAGAUAUAUAUAAAGCAUGGUAAUAAUUUCUAGUCUUGUAUUAAUUAACAUUUUGACCAUGUUUUGUAGACAUAAUUAAUCAUAUACUAGGUGGGUUACCA